AUGUAUCUCAAAAUACUGCUCCAACAAGUUUGGCGAUCGAAGAUUGAUUGGGAUGAGGAAAUACCACCCAAUCUGCAGGAUAUGUGGCAAUCAUGGCUGUCCUUCUUACCCUUGAUAGAGAACGUGCAAAUUCCGAGAUGCUAUUUUAAAAAUUGGCAUGCAAAAGACUGCCGAGUUCAAAUUCACGUAUUCGUGGAUGCGGGAGAAGACGCCUACUCUGCCGUUGCGUAUUUCCGUAUCGAACAAAAUAACCAAAUACUUUUGAGUCUCGUUUCAGCCAAUUCCAAGGUAGCUCCGUUGCAGCCGCUCUCGAUACCCCGCCUGGAGCUACAGGCAGCAGUAACUGGAGCGCGACUGAUGAAAAACAUAAUAGCACAACAUGAAAUAGACUUUGAGGAAUGUUACUUAUGGACCGACUCGAAAACGGUACUAGCGUGGCUCGAUGGAGACCCACGACGAUAUCAACAAUAUGUAAUGUUUAGGAUAGCCGAGAUAUGUGAGCUCACCGAGGCCAGAAACUGGAGAUGGGUACCAAGCAUACUAAAUGUUGCGGACAUCGCCACCAAACGACAACAUAGGCCUGAAACAUACACACAAUGGUUCGAAGGACCCAAAUUUUUAAAACUACCGCCGGCAGAUUGGCCGACGGAAACUACCAAUGAAAGGACAGUCACUGAGGAACUGCGUCCUCGUUUCCUUCACAUGCGAAGGGAACCAGCAAGAAUCAAUUACGAGUACUUCUCAAAAUUUAAUCGAUUGACCAGGGCAAUAGCAUGUUGGCUUGCCUAUAAGAGGAAAUUGAUCAACAAAAUACGUAAAUCAAAGGAGAAUACAAACCAACUGGCAUCCCAACUUAAUGAAGCCAGAAUGUUUCUAUACCGGAACAUACAACAAGAAUGUUACAACGAAGAGUACACAGCCAUCGAAAACGGCCACCACGUUUGCCGGAGCAGUCCACUAUGGAGGUUACAACUCUUCCUAAAUGACCAGGGAGUAUUGUGUGUACGCGAUCGAGCCAGUCGCUUCACUGGCACCCCUGAAGGUCGAAUCGCUCUACCCACCCAACACUGGGUUACAAAGCUGAUAGUCCGGCACUACCAUGGAAAAUACUAUCACAUGAAUCAUGAGACUACAGUAAAUGAGGUGAGGCAAAAAUAUUUUAUUCCAAAACUAAGACCUCUCCUUAAAGGGAUUCGUCGAGAUUGCCAACAAUGUAAGCUGAGUAGUGCUCGACCCAUUGCACCCUUAAUGGUGCCCCUACCGCGGGCUAGACUGGGUGCAUUCAAGCCAGCGUUUACGUAUGUAGGAGUUGAUUAUUUUGGGCCGCUAACAGUCAUCGAUGGAAGAAAGUCAUUGAAAAGAUGGGGCAUGCUGAUAACCUGCCUCACAAUGCGAGCAAUAAGCAUUGAGAUCGUGCAUAGUCUAACCACAAACUCAUGCCUAAUGGGCUUAAGACGCCAUAUAUCGCGCCGAGUCACACCAAAGGAAAUAUAUAGCGAUAACGGCACUAAUUUUCGAGGGACCGAUGCCUUCCUUAGAGACAAACUUCAACUGGAUGAUGCGAAAAUGCAUCGUGAAUUCUCGCAGCAGGAAAUAUCGUGGUACUUCAAUCCACCGUCAGCUCCUCACAUGGGAGGAGCCUGGGAGCGCUAUACCGUAUAA